AAUAGCAAUAAGCAUACAAAUUGCAGAAUGACCAGAGUAUCCUGCGAAUCAACACGUGCAUAAACGCAUGAUUAAAAACAAGCUGAUACUAUUUUUAAAAGUCUAUUUUUACGCGUGUGUAGGUAUUUAUGCAUGCACUACGCAUGCGUUUAUUCAUGUGUUUGUGCGCUUCGAAUUUUUCACACGAUCCACGUUUGGUGUUUUUUGAUUAUCGUUAUUUUUUUCAAUUCGUUUACGUUCCGAGCUCGAGUGUUUUCUUGUGAAUUCGAAGAGUGUAGUGUACGAUUUGCAGAUUUUUUUCAUGUAGGUGUAAUUUUUUUCGAGCACGCAGAGGUUGCAGUUCGACAUGGGUGACAUGGAAGAAUACCCAUUCCUUUUCAUGAAUACGCCUUCGUCACUGCAGCUCCUGGCGUCAACCGAAGUGGCGUUAAUGUUAUGGCAAUACAGAUGUGCGGCUUCAGACGUUUCUGUAGGAGAGUUCGGUUGGCUUUGGUGGGAAAAAUCAGUCUUCGGCUGCGAAGAAAUACUCGUUGUUCCGGUUCCGUCUCGAAUCAGAUCGCAAAUAGAUGAAAAAAUUUCUGCGUUUGGCAAAGAACUUAUACAUUGGAAGGGUUUCCACUGUGACGGUUUUAAAUACUUUGAAACAUUUUCCAAAUGUAUUAAGCAUAUGGUCUUAGAUUUUUCCGGAACCAUUGAUAACAAAGCGACCGCAAUGAAUAUCUUGAAUUCGGGUGAAUUCGGCGACGUAGAAAAUUAUACAAUGGCAUGUCUGUAUUGUUUGGAAGAUCAAGUCAGACGGUUUUGGCCUUCGGUAGCAAAUGAAUCACUAGUCGAUGAGAAUCCCAGGCGCGAUGGAAAUUAUUGGCGCGAUAGGUGCAAUUUAUAUUACUGGAAUGGUGUGAUGAAAUCAGAAGAAAAUUCGAUCGACAGGCCUAGUGAGCGUUUUAGAGAACGAUGGAUAGAGUUCGCGAGUCGGGGCGAGGAUAGAGCAGCGUUUGAGCAGUUUUAUCGAAUGUUACCAGCUCAUGAAACACUGGAGGAAACUAUUUUUUACCUAGAAGGUCACGAAUGCCGAGCUGCGAUACGUACAUUACCUACACUAAACCGAGUGCAGGUUGAAGAAGUAUUCGAAGGGAAGGCUCACGCGACCUUUGCAAUUUUAGCAAUGGACGGCGAUCAGCGUUUCUUGCAGUUUGCGCGUCAAUCGUGGACUCUGGCCCGACAUUUGAUUUUGGCGGAUAAAUGGCGGUUUGUUUCUGUCGUGUACGUAUUGUGGAUAAUCGCAUUUUUUCCUGAUGAUUUUACGGAUAGAAGUUAUACACGUUGCAAUGAAGUUAACGAAUUGUUGAUGGAGAUCUGGUCAGAUGCCUCGGACGAAUUAAAAUCUGCCGUUUCUAAAAAGUACAUUCACAAUUUUCUCGACCAAGAUUUUGAAGUAUUUAAAAUGUCGUCUGUUUAUCGCCGAUAUAGUUAUGGUCACGAUAUGAAAUUCAUCAUAGAUAUGCUGAAAAUGUCACGAGACGUUGAUAAAGUUUCGCUGUGGCGGAGAAAUUGGCAGGGGUUCGCCUUACGUUCCAAAGCUUCGGAUUUCCAACAACUGAUGAGUUUGUGUUUAGAGAAUAACGAAGACGAGAUCGAGUGUUACAAAAAGUCCGUGCUGGGGUUGCCUUAUCUUGCUUGCAUAAUGAUAAGAAACGGACUCUAUUCUGAUUUGAAAGAUCACCUAUAUUUUUAUUCGGAGGAUGCGAGACAUUUUCAACUGUUGGGAAAACAAUGGCUCGAAGCGUAUCUCGAUAUUAUUUUACUUCACAACGAUGAUGAUUUCGCUAAAUUCGAGUGGUUCGUUGGGGAGUUGUUUUCAAACGAGAAAAAGGAUGUAGAAGAAUUCAAAGAGCAGUUAAUUUCGUCCGCUGGAAGUCUCAGAUACCUGCUCGCAGCACGACGACGUAGUCGUAGUCAAAUUCAUUCGAAAGAUUUCAGCACACUCAUUGGCCGAUUAGUUACCCAAGAAGAUGAAUAUAAUCUAGUGAAACGUAAAUUAUUGGAGCAGUGUCGUAGCUAUCCGAUGGAAUGGUCAGACAAAGGCAGGAUUGCUUGCUUUAACGAAUGGAUAGAAUUUCUCGAAUGGUGUAUUGGCGACCAUGAGAAACAUUCAGCCUUCAAGCAGUCGUUUAACGUGUAUGAAAUUUUCUCAAAAUUGUUGAGUCAUGCUUCGCGGUGGUCAAGUCCAGAUAUGAUAUUUCUCGACGAAUUUUUAGCAUGGUAUUUUGGAAACGAAGAAGAUAGCAAAAAUUUCAAAUUAGAUAUGAUAAAAAAAAAUUACUCGCGAAUCGAUUUUGUGCGUACCAAUUUGCUGAGUAACUGUGAUGCUGAACGUUAUGCGGUGUCUUCAUUGUUGAGAUGGUUCUUUGGGAACAAUACCGAAGAUUUACGUAAAUUUUGCGAAAAUUGUAAUUUUAUUCUGCACCCGAAUGUACCAUUAUGAAUAUGAUGGGGGGUGAAACUCGAUAUAAUUCUUCAUUUUCAGGAGUCAAUUGUUGCUCGUAUCUACACUUAUGUAUCUACAGUAGCGUGCAAAUUACUUGUCCGAACCGAAAAAUCGCGACGUUACACCGUUUUUAAAACGCUCGCUACAAGGAUACCGCUAACAAUUUUGAAAAAACAAAUACAGGGGGUGAAAGCCCUAUCCUUCACGAACAUUUUGAUGUGUUUGAACCAAAAAAAAAAUUUUUCCAAACGCUCACAAAAGCUCUUUGAAGUAAACAUGAAAGAAUUUUUAGUGUUUUAGUUUUCCGCAUAUGCCGGACGGACCGUACGUCCUAGCAAAAUCGGAUGACUGUACGUAGAAAGAGAAUUCAAUUCUCUACAUUUUGGUAUAUUUGACAUUUUCGUAGGACGCUCGGUUUCACAGGAGAAAGCGUUUGAAGUUUGAGUAAAAAAAGUUGAACUUGAAAAUUCAGUAAAUUUUCAUAAAAUUCUCGUUACUCCAACUUUGAAGGCUUACACUUUUGAAACCGAGCGUCCUACGGAAAUUUCAAAUAUACCAAAUUGUAGGGAAUUAAAUUCUCAACAAUUUCGUGUAUAUGAAAUUUCCGUGGGACGCUCGGUUUCAAAAGUGUAAGCCUUUAAAGUAGGAGUAACGAGAAUUUUAUGAAAAUUUACUGAAUUUUCAAGUUUAACUUUUUUUACUCAAACUUCAAACGCUUGCUCCAGUGAAACCGAGCGUCCUACGAAGAUGUCAAAUAUACCAAAAUGUAGAGAAUUGAAUUCUCUUUCUACGUAAUGCCAUCCGAUUUUGCUAGGACGUACGGUCCGUCCGGGAUAUGCGGAAAACUGAGACACUGAAAAUUUUCUCAUUUUUACUUCAAAGAGCUUUUGUGAGCUUUUGGAAAUUUUUUUUUUUUGGUUCAAACACAUCAAAAUGUUCGUGAAGGAUAGGGCUUUCACCCCCUGUAUUUGUUUUUUCAAAAUUGUUAGCGGUAUCCUUGUAGCGAGCGUUUUAAAAACGGUGUAACGUCGCGAUUUUUCGGUUCGGACAAGUAAUUUGCACGCUACUGUACCUGCUGUGUAUUUUAUUCAAUUUUAAAUAAACUUACUCGUACAUUGGCUUA